UCUCCCGGGAGUGCAGGGCGCACACAGGGUUAAGUUAGUCCCCUCCCUGGUAGGAGGCAGAGCUGGGGGAGGGGAAAAGAAGCAUACAGUCUCAGGCUGGGUAUCUAGUAGUUAGUUGUACGUUCAAAACCUGUCGCCUUCACUUGUGAGUUUGGCAUCAUCCAUUGUCAUCGCGGAGGAACUAGCGCUCGGAGAUAACAACCGUGCUCGCAACCUUCGCGCCGAGGCGCUGAGCUUCCCCCGCUGGGGGUGCGCUUCUGGUCCUUCCACCCGGGAGUUUAGCGGCGGGGAGGUGGCACCUCCUCGCCCGCGACAGUGUCCACCGAGCCCCAGGACCAGGGUGGCAGUUCUCAACAAUGGGCAGAAGGGACCUCGGCGGCGACCCCUAAAACAAUACCAUGCCCCGGGAGCCCCGCUGCUGCCGCGCCAGCUUCUUCCCUUUCCACCUCCCCGACCCUGUCGGAUUCGGAUGAGCCCACUGGGAGGAGACUCGGCCGCCAGGUAAAGAGACUGCGGUGCCAGAUCACAGAUUGUGCUUAACCAAGAAGUCCAUAGGUCCAUCAGCCCUGGCCUGACCUCCACCAGAGGACAGGAGUUCUGUCCACCCACUCUGGCUGUGUAGACCCCGCAGAUAACGUGGCCUCACCUGCUGCCUGCGUAGAAAAUUCUCCCUAUUGAAGUCUUUUGCACAUGGAGGACAACAGCAAAGAGGGCCAUACAGGCUGAUAAGACCAGAGACAUCAGAAAGGUUCUUUCACCGAUGCCCUCGGGACAUUUCUUGUAGCUGGAAUUCUGGACUUUGACAGAACCUGUCCCGUCAUUUUGAUUUUGCUGAUAUAUAUAUAUUUUUUUAAUUUUUCUUUUCCCCACCACAUUGUAUUUUCUUUCUGUUCUUCAGAAAUGGGCCUGCAGACCACAAAGUGGCCCAGCCAUGGGGCUUUUUUCCUGAAAUCUUGGCUUAUCGUUUCCCUAGGGCUCUACUCACAAGUGUCAAAACUCCUGGCCUGCCCUAGCGUGUGCCGCUGCGACAGGAACUUUGUCUACUGUAACGAGCGAAGCUUGACCUCAGUGCCUCUUGGGAUCCCGGAGGGCGUAACCGUACUCUACCUCCACAACAACCAAAUUAAUAAUGCUGGAUUUCCUGCAGAGCUGCACAAUGUACAGUCAGUGCACACGGUCUACCUUUAUGGCAACCAACUGGAUGAAUUCCCCAUGAACCUUCCCAAGAACGUCCGAGUUCUUCAUUUGCAGGAAAACAACAUUCAGACCAUUUCACGUGCUGCCCUUGCCCAGCUCCUGAAGCUUGAAGAGCUGCACCUGGAUGACAACUCUAUCUCCACGGUGGGGGUGGAGGAUGGGGCCUUCCGGGAGGCUGUUAGCCUCAAGUUGUUGUUUCUGUCCAAGAACCACCUGAGCAGCGUGCCUGUCGGGCUUCCUGUGGACCUGCAAGAGCUGAGAGUAGAUGAAAACCGAAUCGCCGUGAUCUCAGACAUGGCCUUUCAGAACCUCACAAGCUUGGAGCGUCUGAUCGUGGAUGGGAAUCUCUUGACGAACAAGGGCAUUGCCGAGGGCACCUUCAGCCAUCUCACCAAGCUCAAGGAAUUUUCCAUAGUCCGUAAUUCGCUCUCCUAUCCCCCUCCUGAUCUGCCAGGUACGCAUCUCAUCAGGCUGUAUCUGCAGGACAACCAGAUUAACCACAUCCCUCUGACGGCCUUCUCCAACCUCCGGAAGCUGGAACGGCUGGACAUAUCCAACAACCAACUGAGGAAGUUGACUCAAGGGGUCUUUGAUAAUCUCGCCAACUUGAAGCAGCUCACUGCUCGGAAUAACCCUUGGUUUUGUGACUGCAGUAUUAAAUGGGUCACAGAAUGGCUCAAAUAUAUCCCUUCAUCUCUCAACGUACGGGGUUUCAUGUGCCAAGGUCCUGAACAAGUCCGGGGGAUGGCUGUCAGGGAGCUGAAUAUGAAUCUUCUGUCGUGUCCCACCAUGACCCCUGGCCAGCCUCUCUUUACCCCAGCCCCAAGUACUAUUUCUCCAACGACGCAGCCUCCCACUGUCUCUGUUCCAACCCCUAGCAGAAGCUACACACCUCCAGCUCCUACUACAUCGAAACUUCCCACCGUUCCUGACUGGGAUGGUAGAGAAAGAGCGACUCCACCUAUAUCUGAGCGGAUCCAGCUGUCCAUCCACUUUGUGAAUGAUACUUCCAUCCAAGUCAGCUGGCUGUCUCUCUUUACUGUGAUGGCAUACAAACUCACGUGGGUGAAGAUGGGCCACAGCCUGGUGGGGGGCAUCGUUCAGGAGCGCAUCGUCAGUGGGGAGAAGCAACACCUGAGCCUGGUUAAUUUGGAGCCCAGAUCCACCUAUCGGAUUUGCUUAGUGCCACUGGAUGCUUUUAACUACCGUGCUGUAGAAGACACCGUCUGCUCGGAGGCCACCACCCUUGCCUCCUAUUUGAACAAUGGCAGCAACACCGCUUCGAGCCAUGAGCAGACGACAUCCCACAGCAUGGGCUCCCCUUUUCUGCUGGCGGGUUUGAUAGGGGGUGCAGUGAUAUUCGUGCUCGUGGUCUUGCUCAGCGUCUUCUGCUGGCACAUGCACAAAAAGGGGCGCUACACCUCGCAGAAGUGGAAAUACAAUCGGGGCCGUCGGAAAGAUGACUAUUGUGAGGCAGGCACCAAGAAGGACAACUCCAUCCUGGAGAUGACGGAAACCAGCUUUCAGAUCGUCUCCUUAAAUAACGAUCAGCUCCUUAAAGGAGAUUUCAGACUGCAGCCCAUUUACACCCCAAACGGGGGCAUUAAUUACACAGACUGCCAUAUCCCCAAUAACAUGAGAUACUGCAACAGCAGCGUACCAGACCUGGAGCACUGCCACACGUAACAACCAGAGGAACAGCGUUGUUAGGAAGGUGAACAGCCGAACUCUUGAGAACACACACGUGUGUGCACAUAGACACGCAGAUCACAUUUGAUAAAUGUUACACAGAUGCAUUUGUGCAUUUGAAUACUCUGUAAUUUAUACGGUGUACUAUAUAAUGGGAUUUAAAAAAAAGUGCUAUCUUUUCUAUUUCAAGUUAAUUACAAACAGUUUUGUAACUCUUUGCUUUUUAAA